AUGGCAGAUCCCUCUACUAGUCCCGCCAUAGCUCAAGCGCUCACUCGCAUCUUUGCUGAGGAUUUUCCUGUCGAGAGAUUGGCUUGGCGUCGGCCUCAUCGUCCUUUGACGACGAAGAAAGCAGCUUCUUCUGAUCGACUGUCGAAAAAGCAGAAAACCGGGCCAAAGGAUCCAACUCUACUCUUGCAAAACAAGGAACUGAUUCGCAAUGUAACCGAGUUUCUCGAUCCCUUUGAAAUUCAGGCAUGGGCUUGCUGUUGUAAAGCUACACGCAGCGUAUGCAAUCCCGCCUUUCAGCUGGAUCGUCUCUUUGCUCUGUUUAGCAUUCUAAAAGAGGACGCCGAUCGACUCGACAGUCACAUUCAAGAAACAACAGAAAAUAAUGAACCGAACAACCCCAACAGCGUUAAUUGGAUGGAUGUGCUGGACGUCUUUAUGGAGGCGCUCAUGACUCUUCAGGAAACCUACGGGCCCUUUCAUCCCCACCCACUUCACGCCAGCCUUGUUGGAGAGAUUAUUAUGGAUCAAAUCACAAUGCCACCCAAUGGACACUUUCAACCAAAUGAGCAGUUUCUAUCCGUUAUCAGAGGCCGUAUUCCCUUGUGUCAUGUGUGGAGUGGUCGACUCGGUGGACUUGCGUUUAGCCAACAUCUUGUUCUGGGCGAUCAUGACGACUACUUUAUCUUUACCGAGGAGUACUGGACCGGGGAGAAUGCAUUUCCGUUCCUGAGAGAGCAUAGUCCCGAGGACAUUGAAGCAGAGGUGCCUCCGGGGCCCGCCAGGAUCCUUCUUCAAGAGAAACGCAUCCCGUUCAUCAACCUUUUUACCCGAGAACAGGAAGAACACACGGAGCAAAUGGGAUGGUUCUUCCCCUCACGUGACGACGACAAAACCGACCAACAGGACUCCAGUGUCAAUCAUUUGAAUUUGAACGAGGGAGUAAAGGCAGAGAUAUUCUGUAUGAACUACCAAGACCUGCCGGAACAAGAAGGCGAUCUGAAAGAGUUUCACGAGUGGUACCAAACGUGUAUCGAAAAAUAUGCCGAUUGCACUUCCAUGGCUCAAGCUUGGUGCCAACGAGCCCCUGUGUCACCCCAACGUAGACCUUGGGACCAAUGGACACAACUAGUGCGAGCGGCCUGGCUCAAUGCACACAACAUUGCUCCCUUUGAGGACACGCCGCGUGGUCGACAGCUCUGGGAGCAAGUGAUGGAAUUGGCUCUCAAGGCAGAUGGAUUGAGCAAACCAACAACCGGCAGCGAGACGCGUGAAAUCAUCCGCCCUUUGGAUAUCAAUACCUUUCAAGUAGCGGGCGUAGAUGAAGCUCGUGCCAAGGAAUGUUUGGCCGUGUACCUGUGGAAGGACCACAAGUUGGCCAAGGCAUCGGACUAUGUGUGA